AUGGCGGCGGAUAUUGGCCCCAUCACCCUCAUCCUUCCCUCAAAAUACGCCCGCGCCAAGGCGGCAGCCACCUCUUCCUCCUCCUCCUCGUCACCACCACCGCCGCCACCGCCGUCGAUCGACUGGCUCACCGGCACAUGGACCGUGACGCACUCUACGCUCUCCAUGUGGCGCUCCGCGCGCAACGUGCGCAUCACCUACGCGCCGCUCGCCGCCGCCCGACCCGCGGACGGCCGCGCGCGCAUCGACGACCUGGUCGAGUACGAGCCGUCUGACAAGGUGGGCGUGCUCAAAACGGUCGCUGGCGUCGACACGCGCAACGACGGCGACGGCGACGGCGGCUGCGGCUGGGACUGGCGCGGCAAGGGCUGGCUGUUCUUCGUGUCCAGCCACUGGGAGGUGCUGGGCUGGGGCGAGACGCCCGCCGGGGAGCGCUGGGCGGUGACGUGGUUUGCGCCGACGCUGUUUACAAAGGAGGGCGUCGACGUGUACUCGAGUCGCCGCGAGGGAGUCUCAGAGGCCGUGUACGGAGAGAUAAGCAAGGCGCUGCGCGGGAUGGAGGCGCAGCCGCUGGUGGACAUGACGACAAACGACAUGCGGCCCGUGGAGAUUAAGCUACCGUGGACGGAGAAAUAA